GCCAACAAGUUAAACCGAUUGGACAGUCUCUUCUGGUGUACUCUGAAAGAAACAUGAAGAAACUCGCGUUAAUAAUUCCUAUACUUUUCGUGAUACUUCAAUUGGCGACGAGCCAAGACAACGAUGACAGUGAUUUCGACGAUGAUUCGGUGAAUGAAUUUUCGGGUCCUCCAAGAGGAAGAAAACAUAGACAUUGUUUUGGUCAUCCUCCUCCUCCUCCAGGAGGUAGACCGCCUGGUCCACCAUCUGGAAACCCGCCUGAAAAUGACAAUACUAACACCAAUAGCAGUCAAGUUGGAACAAUGAAGAGAUCGGUUAAUCGUAGAGAUGCACAAGGGGGUGAUAUGGGUGAACAGGGAGGUAUGGGAGGUGAUAUGCAGGGUAGUAUGAGUGGUGGCAUGGGGGGUGGCAUGGGAGGUGGUAUGGGAGGUGGUAUGGGAGGUGGUAUGGGAGGUGGUAUGGGAAGUGGUAUGGGAGGUGGUGGACAAGGUCGAGGUCCACCAAACAGAAACAGUAAACGAAAUGUAAGAGAAGCUCAAAUUUAUCGAUUUGGAGAUGAACUUGGAUCAAUUAAGAGAUCGGUUAAUCGUAGAAAUGCACAAAGGGGUAUUGGUGCACAUGGAGGUAUGGGAGGUGGUAUGCAUGCUGGUAUAGGAGCUAGUAUGGGAGGUGGUUUGGGAGGUGGUAUGGGAGGUAGUAUGGAAGGUGGUAUGGAAGCAGGGAUGGAAGCUGGUAUGGAAGGUGGUAUGGGAGGUGGUGGACAAAGUGGGGAUCAACCAAACAAAAAUAGAAAACGACAUGUAAGAGAAGCUCGAAUUUAUCGUACUGGACACAGUUCUAGGAAAAGAAGUACUACACAAACAACAUUAACGGGAACGGGUACGUCUGCAGUAUUGGAAUGAAAGGGAUUCAUCGACAUCAAAUUUAUAAUAUUAAAUAUAAAAUAGUUUUUAGUACUGUAGAAAAUAUUC